ACUCGACACGGUCAGUCGCGGCCGAGCCGCGCCGCGCGAGGAGCUCCGAUGUGACGUUUCUCUCCUCGUCGGUUUGCGAAUCAACUUGCCCGCCUGAGAAGCGUCGCACGAUUGCGCUUAUCCCUGAUCGUUGUGACUUUCGACUUGAAAAUGAGAAAAUUGACGUGAAAUUCCUCGGCCGCCGUCUGUCCGUCAUCUCGUAGCCGCGUCAUCGGAGCGGUUCUCCAAGCGCGCCGGUCCCUCGAGAGGCACCAUCGGCCGCUGGUCGCGUACGCCGCUCCUGGUUUGACGGGGCCAAGGACGCUCCGUUAAACACAGCGACGCAGGUGGAAGACGGCACAGACGGCUGUCAAAUCGUGGGAGGAACGGGACGGUCCAGGAAGGAAGGCUAACAAUAAGACGAGGCCACUUAAUUUGGCCAUGGCAAGUCUCGCGAGCAGCUCGUCGUCGGCGGGCUUAACAAGGGCCCCGACGAUGCUGGAGCAGUUACUCGAGGAGAUAAAUUUCCAGAGAACGAAGGAGCUUAGGCAGAUGCUCAAGGAUGAUUCCGGAUUCGUCGUAUUGCAAGGCACAACUUACUGGACGGAUCUAUUCGUUCGGCACUUCCUAUUUCAAGCGGAGCACGCUAUCGACGGCGACGAUCUGCUUUUCUUCGUUCGCAAAAAACAUGUAAAAACCUCGUCGAGAUAUCUGCCCAAGUUCGAGACUGAGGUCGACGUAUUUCGUAAGGACAGCAAAAAACUGCCGAUCGGCGAUCCCGACAUUGAUUGGGAAGAAACCGUGUACCUGAAUCUUGUCGUACAUCAGUUCGACUACACACUUACCUUGGCGAUUUGCACGAGAACAAGCCCCAAAGAACUGCAAGUAUUGCGAAGGCAUUCUCAGAAAGUAUACGCCAGUCCAAGUCGACGACGUAUGGAUGCCAAAGGCGAUCUCGAGGAAAUGACAUACCCGCAUAUAUGUUUCAUGGUGGACAAUUUCGAUGAAGUUUUCUGUGAUAUUUUAGUCAGGGACGGGGAGAUGGUGUGCGUGGAGCUAGUCGCUUCCGAUCGAGAGGGUGCCAUUCAGGGUGUUAUUUUUCUCGGCUCCAUCAGAUAUGACGCUUUAAAAAAAGUUUACGAUGCGAGGUCGAGCUUGAGUACCAAAAUGGCGCAGCGAAUGACCUUCGGCCUCUUCUCCGGCGCGGCCUCGCAAAGAAUAGAAUUCGUGCGAAUGAAGGGACCACGUGGCAAAGGACAUGCGGAGAUGGCAGUUACGAAACCGAAGGGUUCCGGUGCAGAAACGCCAACGUCGGAACCGGGUUAUUGCGCGACAGAUUUAUGGGACGCCGACUGGGAUGACGCCGAGGAGCUCUUCAUGUAUCGCCAUCAACGAAGAUUGUCCGAUCCCAGCGCGAAUCUCAAUAACUUUGUGCGCGGCGGUUGGAGAACGAAACCGGACACGGUGGCCACGAAGGCGAGAUCGGAGAACGAGGGUCUCGAUUCUAUGGCGAACGGUCUCAACGAGAUCGAAGCCGGUGACGUUCGAGAUGAGUUGGACGACGGAGCGUAUAAUCCACUCUGGACGAUGCGAGGGUUUACUCAAACCUUCCAUUUCUGGAAAGAGACGAAAAGAGCGCAAUCCGUACCUCUAAAUGCUUUUUUGACAUACAUUACAUUGCCAUGGUGGAGCAUAGCCAAAGAUAUUUUGGAUCACCGGGAAGGACCUAUCUUAACAUUCUAGCCAACAAUAUAAUAUAUUUUACGUCUAAUUUCAACACUUUCCUUUUUUUACUUUGUACGUAUGUUGUCGUAAGAUUGUGGCCCAAGGAAUAAUAUAUGAUGUAUAGUUUAAGUAAUAAAUGAAAAAUAUAUUAUUUACACACACAAAUUCACAAAUAUCACGUUA